AACACAAACAAAGCAUGUAAAUCUGAGUAAUUUGAAAUCUUCUGCACAUACCUUCUUGGGGCCAAUACCACACCCAAAAGGGAAAAAAACACAACUUUCUUCAAUCCCCGUCUCUCUCUCUCUCUCUCUCUCUCUCUCUCUCUCUCUCUCUAUAAAUAUAUAUAGCUAUAUACACACACACAUAUAUAUAUCGCUGUCUUGGUUUUGUUGUAAGAAUCGUACAACUGUGAGAAGUUUUCGUUUUCGGCUCCUCUGGCUCGUCAAUGGACGCAAUCAGAAAGCAAGCCAGUAGACUUCGCGAUCAGGUCGCCAGGCAACAACAGGCUGUUUUCAAACAGUUUGGAGGUGGAGGAUAUGGGGGCUCUGAUAAUUUAGUUACAGAUGAGGCUGAACUUACUCAACAUCAGAAGCUUGAGAAGCUCUACAUAUCUACACGUGCUGGCAAGCAUUAUCAAAGAGAUAUUGUUCGUGGCGUGGAAGGAUAUAUUGUUACCGGGUCCAAACAAGUUGAAAUUGGAACAAAGUUGUCCGAAGAUAGCAGGAAAUAUGGUGCUGAAAACACUUGUACAAGUGGUGCAACAUUAUCAAGAGCUGCUCUAAAUUACGGACGUGCUCGUGCUCAAAUGGAGAAGGAACGAGGAAAUUUGAUUAAAGCUCUUGGCACACAGGUGGCUGAGCCUUUAAGAGCGAUGGUAAUGGGAGCUCCAUUGGAGGAUGCUCGACAUCUUGCUCAACGGUACGAUAGACUGCGACAAGAAGCUGAAGCUCAGGCUAUUGAAGUUUUGAAACGCCAAACCAGAGCAAGGGAAACACCAGGUAAUUCUGAGAGUGUUAUGAAAUUGGAAGCAGCAGAAGCAAAGCUGGAAGACCUUAAGUCAAACAUGGCAAUAUUGGGCAAGGAAGCUGCAUCAGCAAUGGCUGCUGUAGAAUUUCAACAGCAGAGAUUGACUCUCCAACGACUCAUUACAAUGGUUGAAGCAGAGCGUUCCUACCAUCAAAGGAUCCUUCAAAUACUUGAUCAGCUUGAAGGCGAGAUGCUAUCUGAAAGGCAACGGAUUGAAGCAGCUCCUACCCCUGCUGUGGACAACACUAUGCCCCCACCUCCACCAUAUGAAGAAGUUAAUGGCGUAUAUGCAUCAGAUACACCUAAUGGACAAGCAAACAGCAUGGAUUACUUUUUAGGCGAGGUUCUGCAUUCAUAUGAAGCUGAAUCUGAUGUGGAGCUUAAUUUGUCAAUUGGCGACUACGUCGUAGUUCGCAAGGUGACGAACAAUGGUUGGGCUGAAGGAGAAUGCAAAGGAAGGGCGGGUUGGUUCCCGUUUGGAUAUGUCGAGAGAAGGGACCGUGUUCUUGCUAGCAAGGUGGCUGAAGUUUUUUAAGUUUUCUUCUUUAAGUAGGCUUCUGUCAAAAAGAUUUUUGUAUGUGUAUUGUUGUUGUUUCUAUCUAAUGGACUCAAAGGUGGAGUAUGUUCUAACAUAUUACAUAUAGAAGAAAGCUCAUCCCACCUUUUCAUGUGAUAUAGAUAUUCUGAAUUUGUGUUUCUUCUAUUGAUUGAUUGUUUAUAUCCAAGUUUCUUUCUUUCAUUUCAAGGUUGUAAUUUCAUUGUCUUGGGGGUUUAUAGAUAUUCUUUUCAAUGA